AAAACUGUGUUUUAUAUAUAUUACAGUUACUUUAAAUAUAUAGUAAUACUGUUUAGCUUAACCAAUGCAUCUGCUUUUUUUUUAAAUUAUAUAUAUUCUGUAUUGUAUAAUAUUCUCGAUAUUAUUUAUAUUAUAUAUUUAAAUAAUAUUUUUAUUUUUUUAAUAAUAAGAUAUAAAUAUAUUAAGUAUAUUAAGAAAGUACUGAUACGACUACAACAAACUAAUCUAUAUAUUAAAUUAUUUAAAUACUUUUUUUUUAAUAAUAAGUUAAAUUUUUUAGAUAUAUUAUUUUAUGUACAGGCGUUAUAA